UAACAGCGAGAAAGAAAGAGCAACAGAGAGAGAAAGAAAAAAGUUCCCCCUUCUCACUUUAAUUCUCCUCAUGUGGCGACACUUGGACGGACUUUGGGUGAAGGGGGUUUGACUUUUAAAGCGACUAAGAAGUUUGGACAUGAGAGCACUCAGCGGGUAGGAAAAGGCAACUCGUCUCCAAGCAUCAUGAAGCUGCGCUCCGGCGUCUCUCUGUGGACUCUCUUGGUCUUCACCGCUCUCCUCAAGAAUGCCCGAGCAGAAUGUGACCCAGAGAGAAAUUGUACAGCGGACUCAUCAUUAAGAAAAACAGAAACAACCAUCACUCUUGAAACGGAACCCAACUGCAAUUUAUCCACUGGUAACAUCUCUGGAAAUGGUUCCAUAACUGGUCUGACUCCUGGAGCCAUCUAUCAAAUCAGUUUUCAUUGUUUGAACUGUUGCAAAGAGGUCACAACGAAGCCUGAAAAAGUCAACAAUCUUGAAGUCAUUGGCGUCUCAACAUCCUCUAUAUCUCUGAACUGGACUAAACCAGUGGGAAACAGUUCUUCCUAUAGAGUUCAAUGGACAGAUGGAACUGAAACUAAAAAUGACACUGCGACUGAAGAGUAUAUAAACAUUACUAACCUGACUGCUGGUGUCCAGUAUACAAUGACUGUGACUGCUGUAGCAGAUGAUAACAUCACUGAAGGAACCAGUGUCAAUGUGUCUCAGUACACAAAGCCUGAAAAGGUCAACGAUCUUAAAAUCACUGGUUUCACUACAUCCUCUAUAUCUCUGAACUGGACUAAACCAAAUGGAAACAGCUCUUCCUAUAGAGUUCAAUGGACAGAUGGAACUGAGACUAGUAAUACCAGUGUGACUCAAACAUACAUAAACAUUAGUAACCUGACUGCUGGUGUCCAGUAUACAAUAAGUGUUACUGCAGUGGCACAUGAUGGUAUCACGGAAGGAACCAGUGUCAAUGUGUCUCAGUUCACAAAGCCUGAAAAGGUCAACAAUCUUAAAGUCACUGAAUUCACAACAUCCUCUAUAUCUCUGAACUGGAGGAAACCAAAUGGAAACAGCUCUUCCUAUAGAGUUCAGUGGACAGAUGGAACUGAGACUAAUAAUACCAGUGUGACUCAAACAUACAUAAACAUUAGUAACCUGACUGCUGGUGUCCAGUAUACAAUAAGUGUUACUGCAGUGGCACAUGAUGGUCAAACUGAUGGACAGAGUACUGCUGUUUACCAAUACACAAAACCGGGUGAAAUUGAGAACCUCACCAUGUCCACAAACACCACCGCCAUCUCACUGAACUGGACGAAACCUCCUGGUCAGGUGUUCGACUACAAGGUGGAGUGGGAUAAUGGUGGAACUCCUAUGAUCAGAUUUACCUCCAAUGAAACCUUUGCCAUGUUAUCAGACCUGAUCCCUGGUACGAACUACACGAUCACAAUCACUGCUGUUGCUGGAGACAACAAAACUGAAGGAGAUGGUCACACCUUCUCCUCCUUCACUAAGCCUGAAGUAGUCAGGAAUCUCACUGUCACUGAUUAUACAACAUCCUCGAUAUCUGUGAACUGGACUAAACCAGAGGGAAGCAGCUCUUUCUAUAGCGUUCAGUGGACAGAUGGAAAUGUAACUGAGGCUGACAAUGUGACGGAAACACAUAAAAACAUUACUAACCUGACUCCUGGUGUCCAAUAUACAAUAACCGUUACUGCAGUGGCAGGUGAUGGUCAUACUGAGGGACAGAAUUCUACUGUUUCCCAUUACACGAAACCGGGUACAAUUCAGAACCUUACCGUGUCCACAAAUGCCACCUCCAUCUCACUGUCUUGGACUCCACCUCCUGGUCAGGUGUUUGACUACAAGGUGGAGUUGGAUAAUGGAACUCCGAGAUUUACGUCCAAUAAAGCCUUUGCCGUGUUAUCAGACUUGAUCCCUGGUACGAACUACACGAUCACAAUCACUGCUGUUGCUGGAGACAACAAAACUGAAGGAGAACCUUUUACGUUCACCUCGAUCACAGAACCUGCUGUAGUCAAGGAUUUGACCAUCACCAGCGUCACAACAUCAUCUGUUUCUCUGAACUGGACUAAACCAGAAGGCAAUGCGGACCAGUACAAAAUUCUGUGGAGUACAGGAGAAAAUGGUUUCAAUGGCACCACCACUGAAACCUCCUUUACCAUCAGAGAUUUAAACCCAGGAUUCCAGUACAACAUUACAGUGGCCGCUGCUGUUGGAGAUCCGCCAAAAGAGGGGGAGGGAACCUUAAUAACAACCUUCACAAGGCCUGAGAAGCCAGAGAACAUUAGUGUUGCAGCAGGAACGGACAACUUGAUCAUCACCUGGACUUUGCCCAGAGGAAGAGUUGAUCAUUACGUGGUGAACAUCUCAAAUACAAAUCUGACGUAUUCAAAUUUUACUCAAACAGCAGACACCACAGCCAGCUUUACUGAUUUAUAUCCUGGGAGAAUCUUUGCUAUCACAGUGACCGCUGUAGCUGGAAACUACGAUAACUUGUCCAACUCGUCUUCAUUUGCCACCGUUCCCACCCCUCCUGGUUCCAUCAUCCUCAGUCAGCCGACCGUCUCUUCUCUCCAUGUGGAGUGGACGAUUCCUGCCGGGAUGGAUGGAGCUCCAGACAUCAGCUACCACAUCACCUACCAGGGCAACGGUGGUGAAAUACAACGUAAAGACUCCACAGACACUAACACAGAGCUGUCUCCACUCUCAUCUGGAACAUCCUACAAUGUAACUGUGCAAACUGUUGGACCCCAAAACCUAACGAGCACGAUCGUCCAUAAUUCUGCCUUCACCCUGCCAAACCCAGUGUUGAACCUUGAAGCUCGCCAUAAAAAUACAACUUCAAUAACAGUGACAUGGACAGAUCCUCAGGGAGCCCAGCCAUAUUACACAUACUUGGUUCAAACCUACAGUGAAACAGGAGCACUUGUCGACUCAAAAAACAUCAGUGAUAACUUCGCUGAUCUAACUGAUCUGGAGCCUGGAUCUAGAUAUAAUGUCAACGUCACAACAAUCGCCGCGCCUGGAAGUGAAUCCACCGUGGAACAGACUUUUAGCUACACAAUGCCCAAAGCAGUGACCAACCUCACAGCAGACGCUGUGAACACGAUGGCCAUCAGGUUGACAUGGAUCAGACAAAGUGAUCAUAAACCUUCCUACUCUUACCUGGUGGAGGUGCUCCAAGAGGGCGUGGUGCUUUAUAAUGAUUCAACAGCGAAUGAGACUUACACCUUCUACCCUCUAGACCCUGGAAACUUCUACAUGUUUUAUGUGUACACAGUUGUCGCAGGGGUCAAGUCUGCAAGAGAAACAACACAGAGUUACACAAUGCCUGAACCAGUCUAUAACCUUACAGCCAUAGGAAGCACAACCAACCUGUCAGUGAGCUGGACACCAGGCUCUGGGAAGGUGUCCUCGUACUCUGUCCUGCUGUACAGAGACUCACAGUUGGUUAGAAACACCACAGAUCUGAGCAACACGACUCAAAAUGAACUGUUUAUGGACUUACGCCCUGGAGUGCUCUACUUUGUGACGGUGGUUACCAAAAGUGGACCUUUGGAGAGUACAUCAAAUGUUUCCAACGCAACCUUUCCAAACCCUCCUGGUCCCAUCACGGCGAUGUCUCAGACUGUCACAUCCAUCACCUUCACCUGGCCCCUCCCAGUGGACAUGGAUCGCAAUCAGUACAGCUUCAAGGUGUCCAGCGCUAACGUCCUCGCUUCCAUUCAGAACAACUGGUUUCUGCUGGGCAACCUGUCCUCUGGAAGCCCCCACAGUAUCUCUGUUGUUACUGUCGGUGUACGGGUCUAUGAGAGCACAGCAGUGACAGCAGAAAACUACACCAGACCAUAUUCUGUAACCAACCUGACACAGACACAAAUCACCACAGAUGCCGUGACGCUGGUGUGGGAGCAGCCGGAGAUCAGAUCGGACUACAUGUAUCUGGUGCAGGUCUCCAACGGCUCCUUUGAUAUUGUUUCUAAAACUGAGUCGGUAACCAAUACAACAAUCCCUGAACUUCGCUCUGGGAGCAACUUCAGCUUCACUGUCACCACACUGACAGCAGAUGGCACCGAAGCCGAUCCUGUGACAGUUUCCUACUUCACAAGGCCAUUCAGUAUCAGUGGGUUGGUGGCUGAAGCCUUAAACACAACCGCUAUAAACCUGACUUGGAUGAAACCACUUGAGUACAGGGAUGACUAUAAAUAUUGGGUUGAGACUACAGGCUGCAACUCCAAAAACACAACCCAUGCAGAAGAAAUGGCAGUGAUCUCAGGGCUCCUCCCUGGAACCAAAUGCACCUUCUGCGUUUCUGUCAUGGCUGCAAACGGCAUCGGAGGGGAAGAAAACUGCACCUCUCAGUACACUAGACCUGAGCCGGGACAGCCCAGCAUCUCCAGCAACGGCUCCAACAGUUCAGUCCUGGUGUCAUGGACCAAACCUGCCGGGAAUGUAGAGUUUUAUAAGGUUGAUCUAAACAGUACUCAAGGAUUUUUAGAUGGGCCAGUGCAGCUGAACUCCACUGACACCUUCCACCGGUUUGAGAACCUGUCAGCUGGAACACUUUAUAGUGCCGUUCUGAUCACAUGCAGUGGACCCUUCUGUGCAUCAUCUGAAUAUGUUACUAAUGCAACUUACCCAAACCCUCCCGGACCGAUUGAGAUCAUGGAAAAGACGACCAGCUCCAUUGAGUUUAGCUGGGGAGAAGCUCCUCGGAUGUCUGGUGCAUCAUUUCACUACCAAGUGACAAACAAACCAUCCCAGGGAGGUGGAAACAUCACGAUCAACACCACCACCGCCACCAAUCAUACUUUUGCCUCCCUGCCUUCUGGGACUUCCUUCAACAUCUCCGUGGUGACCGUGGGUGUUUUGGGUUUUGAGAGUGGAAGGGUUUACAGCGACAUGGUCACCACAAGACCACUGAGUGCGCAGCGUCUUGAAGUGACUGCAGGGGAGGUGAACAUAACAGUCAGUUGGACCAGACCUGGCGAAUACAAGGAGAGCUAUCGUUACAAUGUGACCUGGCAGAGAUCAGACGGGUCCAACAGUAACAGCACUAUAGUUCAGCAAACUGAGGUUACCAUCAACAACCUGGAUCCUGGUAGCAGCUAUGACAUUAGCGUCACCACUGAGACCUCUGAUGGAACGUCGGGUGCUCCAGCAACGAUUUCCACAUGCACAAAGGCCGGCCCAGUAAUAGAUUUAACAUGUAUAGGCCCAAACACAGCAAAUGCAGAAGUCAUCCUGCACUGGACCAAACCCAAUGGCCAGAACUCUGGCUUCCAAAUCCAAGUAAAUGACGGAGAGAUCAUCCACAUGAACGGCACCUGCUGUAAUCAUACCGUUUCCAACCUUCGUCACAAUACUGGAUAUAACCUGACUGUGGAGACCCAGAGCUGUGGAGAACCCAGCAAACCUGUGACUGUAUCCUGCAAAACGGGCAUCACAAAUCCGCCCAGGCCAAACAGCUGUGAGCCACUAGAGGUGACAAAAGAACAUGACAGGUUCUCCUUUAAAAUAGAUCCCAGCAUGCUGGUCAACUCUAAUGGACCGAUUAAAUAUAUUGGAGUGCUGGUGACAAGCAGUGCUCCUGAUAACGCUGAUUUGAAGGAGUAUUUGGGAAAAACUUACGAUGAGUGGAAAGAUGAGAAGACGCCAGUGUACCUGGCAACAGCCAUAAACAACACUGCCAGACUGCAAAGUAAUGAGGACCUUAUAGUCAUAGGAGAUGGAUCCAAAUGGAACGGCUACAGAAACGGUGCUCUGAAUGUCAAUGGAAAAUACCAAUAUGCCAUUGCAAUAUUCACUGCUCUGGAAUUACAACAAGACCUUGUGGAUAUCAGCAACUCGCUGGUCUCAAUAACAGACUUCUGUUCUGUUGGUGAACUCCCAAUUGACCCAGCUGUGAUUGGCAUCGCUGUCGGAGCAACUCUGGGAAUUUUCUGCAUUCUCUUCUUCGUCCUCAUCGGCUUCAUCAUCUACUGGAAGAGGGUAUCCAAGAAAGAAACUUCAGACAUCCAGAUCCAGUCCAUGAGAGCCAAAGUAAGUGUGCAGGUGAGGGUGGAGGACUAUGAGGCGUACUACAAGAAGCAGAAGGCAGACUCCAACUGUGGCUUUGCAGAAGAAUUUGAGGACCUGAAGAUUGUUGGUACAUCUCAGGCAAAAAUACAAGCGCUGACUUUGGAUAACAAGCCCAAGAACCGCUACAACAACGUGCUUCCCUAUGACUCCUCUAGGGUGAAACUCUCUAUUAUCCAUGGAAGCCCAUAUGAUGACUACAUCAAUGCUAACUACAUGCCGGGUUACCUCUCCAGGAAGGAGUUUAUUGCAGCUCAGGGUCCUUUGCCCACCACAGUCAACGAGUUCUGGAGGAUGAUCUGGGAGAAGAAUGUGCAGACUUUGGUCAUGUUGACGCGCUGCAAUGAACAGGGACGAGUGAAAUGUGAGCAGUACUGGAGUUCUGGCACCAAGCACUUUGAAAACAUCACUGUGAAAACAACCUCUGAAAUACCACUGGAAGACUGGACCAUCAGAGACUUCGACAUUAAAAAUGUGAAAACGGCAGAGACUCGUUCAAUUCGUCAUUUCCACUUCACAGCUUGGCCGGAUCACGGUGUUCCAGAAACCACAGAGCUCCUCAUCAGCUUCAGACAUUUGGUCAGAGAGCACAUGAACCAGUACUCCAGACACUCCCCCACUGUGGUGCACUGCAGCGCUGGCGUUGGGCGCACAGGCACCUUCAUCGCUAUCGACCGUCUCAUCUUCCAGAUUGAAAGGGAGAACAUCGUGGACGUGUUCGGCAUCGUACACGACCUGCGCAUGCAUCGACCCCUGAUGGUGCAGACGGAGGACCAGUACGUGUUCCUGAACCAGUGCGCCUUGGACGUGAUCCGGUCGAGGACGGGCACCAACGUGGACCUGAUCUACCAAAACACCGCUGCGCUCUCCAUUUAUGAGAACGUGGAGCCAAAGAAAAGGUAUUCAAAAAAUGGAUACCACAACGCAUAGACACGGGAAGUCGUUCACUUCUUCUGAAACUGAGCAGACAUUUGUAAAGGGAAGAUUGUGCCGUAUUUAUUUUUAUAUCUGCCACGCUUUUGUUAAGAAUCUUCUGACUUUCUGGAUUUAUUUUGUGAUAUUUAUUCAUUAAAGAUGUUGUUUGAUGAUGGAGUAUGUGGAGAUGCAAUAGUGAACAUAACCACUGACCAAAAAAAUGUGUCAACUUCUGUCUUGGAUUCUCUCCUAUAAUUGCAGAUUUUUGUCCAUUGCUCUGUCGUUUUAUGAUAUCUCUCUGCUUUUACUACUGUAUAUGACUCACAGAUGACCACAUUUCUCGGCUCAGGAAGUAUGUUGGAUGCUGUAUAUGUAUUAUUAGAGACACUUUUGAUAAAGAGAAAGGUGUAAUUAUUUGAUCCUCCAGAAUUGCCUUGUACAAAACAAAUGCUGGUACACUAUGUGCCUUUUUAACAACUUGUAUGCUUUAACACCACUAGGUGGCACUCCACUGCUUUUGUUUUAACCUGAAAAAGACAAAUAGGGACAUUGUCUUGUUACAGGAACCUUAAAAGUAGCCUUUUUAUUGCAUAUCUUACACCUAAAUGAACUGUGCAAUGUGUUUUAAUGACGUUUGUUGUAUUUGUUGUGCACUGUAUUGUGAAUAAUGCACUGGAUGCAUUUGUCUUCUACACUGUCCUCUAUAGACAUGUUUUUAUCAGGGAUGUUGAUUGGCCAGUGCUUUGUGAAACAGUUUAUUUUUUGCCAUUUCACCCCUCAGGAAGUCAAAGAAAACUGGCAGUUGUGGUAUUUAAAAAAAAAAAAAACAAUCCAUACUGGACCGGUGUGUAAAACUUAGAGGUCGCAUCCGUUGUUUUGUGUCGUUAAUGCCCGACUUUUCUACAUCGUACAUUCCUCACAGAAACUGUAAAGUUAUGUCACUUCCUGCUACAUAUCUGAUCCAUCUAUGGACAUUUCCUGUGACAAAAAGAAAACAAUCUCCAGGGAACCUCGAGCUUUAUUCUCAGCUUCUAAAGGGCAGAACUUUCCAUGAGGCAGGUACUUUGUUUUUUUUGAAAAUGAUUGAUGUAUGUAGUUAGCCUGUAGAUAUUUCUAAGUCCAUGUUAUAUUUUUUAUUAUAUGUCAUACAAAUGAUUUUAAGUGAGCACUUCUUUUUAAAAAUGAAAGAUAUUACUUUUAAACAGUCGUAAAGUUUUAGUUUGUUGUCGUUGACAUGCUUUAUAAGAUGCUUGCUGGUACAAUGCAAAUAUAUAAAAGAAGCAAGGAAAUAAAAUGUGUACAGCUUUCAAUCUGUCAAAUGAAACAGGAUUAAAGAUGUUAUUACAUGACA